GAACUCACAGCAGGAGCUGAGCCGAUCCACUUGCAGGCCAUUCAGGAAGAGCGUAAGACUGAAGGGAAAUCCCUGGUGGCGUCUUGACACAAACUGGAACACUUCUACAAGUAAGGCUUCCCUUUGUAGACACACAGGUUCUCUCCUCCACAGUGUUGCUGGAAGACCUUCACUUCAUCUCUGAGGUCCAUCAGAUCAUGGGACAGGCAUGAUGGACUUGUGAUGUAAACACAGGCCUGACCAGACUGAUGGAAUGAUUCAGUGAUUCUCAAGGCUUCCAGUGCCAAGGAUUUCAGCUUGAGGCACACAAUCCAUGCAAGGACAAGUGCUGGCGACAAAGACACAAAAAUUAUGGACUGCAGCCUUAAAUUCCAGAGAGUUAAACAGAGUUCAUCAGAACUUCUGAAUGGCCGGUCUUCUCCAUCUGCUCUGCCUCAAACAAUGGCAUCUGAUGCUUUCCCUGGCAAAGCAGUUUGCACAAGGUGUAGAGAGGACAUCCUAGACCGCUAUCUGCUUAAGGUCAAUGACUUGUGCUGGCAUGUGCAAUGCCUUUCAUGCAGUGUGUGCCAAACUACUCUGAGCGGACACACAACCUGCUAUGUUAGAGAGCGAGAGGUCUUCUGCAAACUAGAUUACUUCAGGAGGUAUCGAGCAUGGUGCUCGUGCUGCGGUGAAACGGUUCACUCCACGGACUGGGUGCGCAGGGCGAAGGGAAAUGUUUACCACUUGGCAUGUUUCUUGUGCUUCUCUUGUAAGAGGCAGCUGUCCACAGGCGAGGAGUUUGCUUUGGUUGGACAAAAAUUGUUGUGUCGAGUUCAUUACGACAGCAUGCUGGACGAACUCAAAGGUGCUGCUGAAAAAGGGAAAAACGUCUCUCCUGAAGGUGUGUUGCAUACAGGCUGUGAAAUAAACCAAAAGCCAUCAAAAAGAGCACGUACCAGUUUCACUUCAGACCAGCUACAGGUUAUGCAGGCCCAGUUUGCUCAGGACAAUAACCCAGACGCACAGACACUUCAGAGGCUUGCUGAACAGACUGGCCUUAGCCGACGCGUCAUUCAGGUUUGGUUUCAAAACUGUCGCGCCCGUCAUAAGAAGCACAUUUCUGCCCCUGGUUCAGCAGUACAGACAGGAGAUAUGUCUUCACUCCAGUCCAUGUCCGCUCUGAAUGAGCAGCACUAUACACACACAUCCCUGCUUACAGCCCUGCACAGCAACUGCAUUGAUGUGCACACACCAUCAUCUCUACUCUAUCAGCCGUUACUGUCCCAAAAAUCAACACAUUUACCAAUCAGCAGCAGCUAAACGGUUUACAAUUCAAUGUUGUGCCGGUUGUUUUAACCACAUUUAUGUUGCGGAUACCUUUGUAUUUAAUGUAUUCCAUUAUGUUUUCAUAAGUGCUGUCAAACGAUAAAUUGCAUCCAAAAUAAACGUUAUUGUUCAUAUAUUAUAUGUGUA